GGGAAUCGAAACGACGGAUUCUAUCCAUCAUCGGUAAGAAAAUCGUAAUGUCCGGAUCCGCGUACCAGCAUAUUUUUGCCGGUGAUUGCGGAGUGCGGUCGUUCGAGCGUGGAGUCCGGCCGCCUUUUGACCGCUACCUUGAUGCCCUUCGAUGACUCGUAAUGACUGCCUGUACGGUAGUCUAUUUUCUGCACGUAUAAAUGCGUACGCGAUGCACCGCCCGCACGACCGUCUUUCGCAGUGCACCGCGACGUGUCCACUGGUAAAGAGCACUCUGUCUCUUUCGUUGGAGGAUCUUCUGGAGUUUUCGCGGGCAUUUAUGCGAAUCCGGAGUAUGUCAAACUAAACGAGUAGCCCUGGCUUUCUCGGAUCCUGCUUCAGCCUUUGAUCGAUUUACCCUACAAUUUCCACAGAUGCACUCUCGUGCUCUCCACGUCCUUGCUCUCGCGCUGACCGCUGUCGUAAGGGCCGGCUGUGACGAUAAAGCAAAAUGGUACUCCGAAUUACGGCACAUACUCAAGAAUUGCCCAUUCGAGUCACGAAAUGGUUCCGGCCAGGAUGAAUUACUGGAGGCUUUCCGGCGAUGCGUGCAGCAGAGAGCCAUCAACACCCUCGAUGCCCUUUUCAACAAUGACGUUAUCCCAGUGUUCGACGGUAUCGACCUAGUACGAUACCACAAAGCAAGCAAUGAAAACAGUACAAAAUCUAACGACACUUUUGCUUUCGAAAAUAAAUUGGGAAACGACACCAGCUGGUCGACGAUUAUUUGGAAUCGAGUGACACGUAUUCUGCGGACCCACGCUAUCCGAAUCAACAUCGAUUACAUGUUUAAUGCAGGUUCGACUACCAGUAACUCAUCCCAGCCAGAGACCAGUGAUAAUGCUGUCCAGGGAAGACGCCGACACCACCGUCGCCGGCACCACCACCUCAUGCCGCUAAUGAUGAUGGGCAUGUUUCUGAUGGGCUCGGUCCUGAUACCGAUGGGCUUCCAGUUCCUCGCGGUAUUGGGCGGCAAAGCGUUGAUCCUCGCGAAGAUGGCCCUUAUAUUGUCCAGUAUCCAGGGCCUAAAGAAGAUUGCCACCAGCGGUGUCAAUUACGGCCUGUACCACCAUUCCCCGGAGCUACACGGCUGGCAUGACAGGAGUCAACAGGUACUUCCCGAGGAUGAGCAACAUCAUCCGAUAUACAUGCCUCCGCAUCCUUAGUUGCAAAAACGGGCUCGCGAAAUAUCGCGCGAGGAGGAGAAGGAGGAGCAGCUUCCACCGCAACGCUACGUAUACACCGUCGUCGAUGAAAUGAAGACUAUGGGGAAAGGGAAGAAGCAAUUAGCGUUAAUCUGCGAGACUGAAUUAUACAUGGUCCUUGAAUUUUGUCGGGACACGUACACGUAACGCGAUUCAUUCUAUCUCGCACUCUAUCUAGACACUUCGUUGCCCGUCGUCGCAGGUCUCUUUAUAAACUGUUUGAUCAUGCAAACCAUCUUCCGAUCCUCUUGUUUGAUGUCACACCAUGAUGUACGCGUAGCAUAUACUAUAACAAGAUACUUCCAGGGCACUCUCGGCCUCCAGUGAAAUGAACGCGUUUUUUUUUUAGAAUAUUCAAUCGCGAAUUAUUGAGAUACCUUACGUUGAAGCUAAUUUUAAUGUAUCAGUUAAUUUAGUUGUAAUCCUAUUUAUUACGCGUAUGCUAAUAACACGUUCUGCUAAGUCUAGUUUAGUUCUAAUUAAGUCUUAGCGAGUCUGAGGAUUAGAUGACCGAGCGCGGUGAACCACCAACGCGAAAGCGUUUGCGGCUUCCUGGAUCUUAAAUCGCCCACGCCCGCGCACUGGUUUGCUCCGUCGUGGCGGAAUUGCAAAUCGGUGGAUUGUAUUAUUGAUAGAUUCAUGAAUGGACUGUAUUAUUCGUGCGGUUUCCACUUUGUGACUACCGUUUAAUCGUAAACAUGGGAAUUCGAUCGCAUAUAUUCUAUCUCGUCGUGUGACGUGUAAUCUUCGUCGGGGAAUACGGAACGUCGCGCAUGACAGCGCCGUCUCUUUAUAUCUGAGAGAAAAAUUACUGCCAUUUUGACAAAAACCGCAAAUACCGUGAUUCAAAAUACCGUAAUUACCGUUAUACCGUUAUUGUUUUAUAUCACCCGCAAUCACAGCAUUUUUCUGUUGCUCCGUUAACUUCUUUUCACGGAGAAUUGUCAUAUAAAUCAGAAUUUUCUUUUUUCUAUUAUAAGAAAGUGUACUUGACGGUGCCGAGAGGAGUACAUUUUCCGGUUGCACCGAGAAUUGUGUUCCCCGAAAUUACAGCGGUUUUCAUCAAGGAUCUCAUUCGUGUCCAAUUACACUUGGAAGUACAAACACUCCGCCUAGGCUGAAGGGGAAAAGAAAAUGUAAUAAUGCGCCUUCUCUCUCCAGUGUGUUUCCGUCGCAGGGAAAUCAUUUAUACGGCUUACGGGCGUCGCCUCGAGCUCACCGCCGUCAUCGAUCUCGAUUACCGCUUUCGGAAUUAAAGUCGGUGAAGCCAACGUUGAGACGAUAUGCGUUAUACAUUCACGAUGAAUUUCUCCGGAUUGCGCUAAUCGGACGAUCGUUUAACGUCCAUCUCUCUGACAGAAUGACGCCUGCGUCCUGUUUGUCCUGGUCAGUCGCUACAGUUGUGAACGCAUAUCGUAAAUCUGACACAUAUAUGUGCACUUUCACAUUCAAAUACAUACACGGACACGCGUGACACACCAGUAGCAAAGAUUAUUUAAAAUGUCAGCCCAUUUUCCCUGGCGAUGCAUCGUUCACCGGGAAUAUUUGACGCUCGCGCAAAUCACUGCAACAGCGCGGUUAUCGUGACGUGAUAGAAUCCAUUGAUAACUGUUGCCUCUUCAGCGUUUGUGCGUGGUACGCAUAAAGUGCAAACUGCAAAAGCAAAUUUUUACUGUUAACUGUCCAAUAAAUAUUUAUAUUAUUGA